UGUUUUGUUUUUAAAUACAGAAAUUAAUUUGACAAAUUUGUACCACAUGGUAAUUCUAAGAUUUGUUCUUUACCCAUGGAAUGUAAUAUUUUUGCAAAGAUGGACCCACUUCACAAAUGGUUAUAAAGUCAUACUCACUUCUUCCACAAUGACCACAGCAAAUGACCAAGCAUGAACUAAAGUACCAGAAUUGAUUGCAGUAGGAUAUCUUCCACUGAGAAAAUGGAACAUAACGGGUCUGCUUCAAAUGCUGAUAAAAUCCACCAAAAUCGUCUGUCAAGUGUUUCUGAAGAUGAAGACCAAGAUGCUGCUCUUACCAUUGUGACUGUGCUGGACAAAGUCGCCACCAUCAUGGACAGUGUGCAAGCAAGCCAGAAGAGAAUAGAAGAGAGACAUAGGGAAAUGGAAAACACCGUAAAAUCUUUCCAGAUUGACCUGUUGAAGCUUUCACAAUCACACAGCAAUACAAGCUAUGUCAUUAACAAAUUGUUUGAGAAAACCCGAAAAGUCAGUGCUCACAUCAGAGAUGUGAAGGCCCGAGUGGAGAAACAACAAGCUCAUGUGACAAAAGUUGAAACCAAGCAAGAGGAAAUUAUGAAGAAAAACAAAUUCCGUGUUGUAAUAUUCCAGGAGGAGAUUCAGUGUCCAACAUCCCUGUCUAUUGUCAAAGACAGAAACCUCACCCAGAAUCAGGAGGAAGAAGAUGAAGCCUUUGAUGAAGCCUUUGAUCCUCCAAUAGAGCUCUCUUCAGACGAGGAAUAUUAUGUCGAAGAAAGCAGAUCUGCCAGGUUUAGAAAGUCAGGCAAAGAGCGCAUUGAUCACAUCAAAAAGGCAUUUUCCAAAGAAAACAUGCAGAAGACAAGGCAGAACUUAGACAAGAAAGUAAACAGAAUUAGAACGAGAAUAGUGACACCUGAGAGGAGAGAGAGGUUGAGACAGUCAGGAGAGAGACUUCGGCAGUCAGGGGAGAGGCUGCGGCAGUCAGGGGAAAGAUUUAAGAAAUCUAUUUCUAAUGCUGCUCCCUCAAGGGAAGCUUUUAAGAUGCCCAGCCUUAGGAAGGCCAAGGACCCAACUGUGGCCGAAGGUCAGGAUGCAGGCAGAGAGAUGGGCAUGGAUAUCAUUGCCCGGAGUCCAUCUCUGGUCCCCAUCCCCGAGCUUCACUCUGAUGAGCUCAGUGAAACAGAACAGGAGGAAGCCAAGGCGGCGUGUGCUUCCCAAGAAGGAGGGGAGAUCUCAACCCCUGAGCCUUUAAAAGUAACUUUUAAACCUCAGGUGAAAGUAGAGGAUGAUGAAUCACUCUUACUAGAUUUAAAGCAGUCUUCAUAAGGAGGAAUUAAGUAAAAAGCCUCACUCAUGGAGUUUUAGUUUGAAUAGUGUAAUUAUUUACAUUUAUUUAUAUGCCAUGUAGGAAAACUAGUGAUGUGUUUCAUUUCUAACAUUUAACAUCUUGAAUAUCACAUAAAUAUUACAUACAUUUUCCCUGGGAAAAUGUAUUAUUUUAUUUUUCCUGAGCAUAUAUGAUAGUAGGUAGCAUCCUUUUCCUCUUAUGUCAUCCUCUCUCAUGACAGCAUUUAGUUCUAGUAUCAUAGCUUUACUAAUAGUGAGACACUUCCUGAGUCACGGGCUUUUUCUCCUCACCCAUAGAAAUGGGGAGGGUUUGCUUGUCCUGCCCUUCUCAAAGGACUGUUGUGAAGACCAGAGGAAAUGUCACAUGUUCUGGGAAAGCAAAAAGUACAUCCAGAGAGAAACAAAUCACGAUGGGUUCUCAACCACAGAACUGAAAUAAUUACACCUUCUGAAGAGGCCCUCAGCACCAGGCAGUGAGGGCCUAGGUUGGACAGAAACUAUAAUCAGUCUUCUUAAAUCUUUCCAUAGAAGCAAGAAUAUAAAAUAAAUGUUUGAGUGACAAUCUUUUCAUCAAAGAUUACAAUCAAACUUUAGGUUUUAGAUGUGUCUUAAAAUGUUUCUUGGAAAAUCCUUUUCUAAUUUUCUUUUGCUUUUAGAUUUGUGGUGGACAACAGCAACUUUUACAGCAUGAGGCAUACGACUGGCUCUGUUAUCAAGUAGCUUUAUUUCUUGCUUUGCUUUUCUUUCCCCCCCCCUUUUCUUUCUUUCCUUCUUUUUUUUUAAACUGGAGAUUGGACACAAGUCCUUCACAUUGAGCUUCAUAUAUCCUCAGCCUGUUUUGAGAUAGGCUGUCUCUUGCUAAGUUGCCCAGGCUAGCCUUGAAUUCCUUCUGCAUUAGCCUCCCGUGUAGCUGGGAUUGUAAGAGUGUGCCACCAUGCUUGGCUGUCAAGUGGCCUUUCUAAAGUCUUCUCUGUUGCAGUGAGUUUGGAAAUGACCUCCAGAAUUUCUCCUCUCCAGGGUGAAGCAUUCACGGUCCAGCUGUAUAAUACAGUGUGUGUAGGUGUUCAUCAUAGCUCCUUGAGGUAGCCAGAUUUUACUUAGCUUUUGGCUUUUAGAUAGGAAGUAGAUUUAUUCCAAAGAAAGGAAGAUGGUCACACUGGCUGUAUGGUUCUAGUACAUUUAAAUUCUGGGUUCUUUUUUUUUACUAUGAAAGAAAUGAUGGAAUUGUUGAAUUUGAUCAUAAUCAGCUACUCCAGUUUUUAGACUUUCAGAUCAGUUUUGAAUCAUCAUGUAGUAACUAAAAAUAAUAUAUACGUAUGUACACAGGCACACAUAAAAUAUUUUACUUGAUUAUCCAGAUAUUUUAGUUUAGGAGUUUGAUUCAAUGUUACUUUCUAUUCACUCUACCCAAAUACAUAAAAUUGUAAAUGGUCAUCUUAUUAUCUUUCUGUAUUGAAAACUAAAGUGUAUACACUGGAAUAAAAUUUUAAAAUAACAAUUCUAAAAACAUUUUUAACACAGCUUAGAAGAAGCUUGGCUGCCUAAUCACGUAUUUCCUUAAGAGUCAUAAUAAAUUUGAAUUUAAAAAGACA